UAAUCCAAGUAAGUAACUGAUUGUUACUUAGACAACUGUUAUUGUGUUGCUUUUGUUUUUUUAUUUUUUAAAUAUACAUUUUAAACAUCAGACGGAACCUUCUGCUAGCGGAACCCAUGGUGCUGUGGUUGUUAUUGUACAGGGACUGUUCUGUUUGAGCACAAGGGGUGCUGUGUGUGGUAUACAUGUGUGAAUGGGCUGAAAUGUCAACGUGAAAUUAAAUUGUUGGUAGUUAAAACUAGUUGGGCUAUUCUAUAUUGCUGCUGUCGUUGAAACUUGUAUACUGUAUUCUAUGAAUCUGUCAGCCAAGGCAAACCGUGUGAAGUAUUGAGUUUGCUAGCAGACAGCUACUUGGAUAAAUCCGUAUCUAUUUAAAGUUUAGAGUUGUAAACUAAGCAGUGCUAGGUAGAUUAUAACGUUUUACCGAGGAGGAACAAGGUAUGAAGCGUUUGUACAUAGGUGGAUUGGGCCACGCAAUUUCCCAAAAGGAUCUUAAAGACAGAUUUGGGAAAUUUGGGGACGUGUCAGAUGUGGAAAUCAUAACAAGGAAAGAUGAAACCGGAAUCCCCGUGAAGACCUUCGGUUAUAUCAACAUUAACAUCUCGGAUGAAGCUUUAAGAAAAUGCAUGACCGUGUUAAAUAAAUCUAAAUGGAAAGGUGGAACACUGCAAAUUGAAAUGGCAAAGGAAAACUUCUUACACAGGUUGGCUGUAGAACGACAACAGACAACUGAGAAGGCUCAGUUUACAAACAUUGAACAAAAAGAGAAGUUGGUGGAGUCCUUCAAGAAGGCUGGCGUGGAGAAUUUCCACAUGAAAGCAGCAGUUCCAGGGACAGAGAUUCCAGGCCAUAAGGAUUGGGUUGUUAGUAAAUUUGGGCGGGUUCUUCCAGUUCUCCAUCUUAAAGGUCAAGGCAAGAAUAAGAUGUUUAAGUAUGAUCCUUCAAAGCACAGCCACAACAUCAAAAGGCUGGAGAGCACAGCUGAUGUUCCAGCCCUAACCCCAGUGUCUCAGCUAACCUGGGAAAUCCCGGGAGGGGACGAUGACAUCAGCAAGAAAAGACGAGGCGAGUUCCCCCCACAGAAAGCACGCCCUAACAAGAUCAGGAAGGAGUCAUUGUGCAAAGUGAUUGGACACUCUCCGCCUGUGGCCAAGUACAAUGGCCACGGUAAGCAGCAUCAUGAGGCCUCUCUGAAAAAUGAAGGGAACUCACUCAAAGUCAGCCAUGGUGCAAAAACUCUUUUAACACAAAAAAUGACUGGGCAAAAUGGCCCUGUGCAUGGAAAGGAGAAACCUGCUCUAAAAAGGCAAACAAAAUCCCUGUAUGUGUUUGACAGCGAAGCAGAUUCUGAUGAGGAAAUUCAUAUGUUGGUAGCGCAAGAAAAUGCGCGGACAAAAGAUGUGGGCGUGGAGGAUGAGGAUAACCUGGAGGUGGUUGGUGAUGACUUUACCGUUAAACCCAGUGUGUUCUGGGCCGGUCAGAAUUCGAAGGGUGUACUCACUGUUGGAAGUCGUGAGGAGCCAGCAGACGACCGAGAAUAUGACUCGGCCGACACUGAUGAAAUUCUCACACAGAGCAAAGCUCCUGCUGUCCCAGUGAAGCAGGGGGAAGCAGAUCACACCCAGUCGAGCCCCUCUGGGACAGUUUUAAACAAAUGUGAUUCUAAACCUGGCACCAGCAAAAGAAAAGAGAUACCUGGCAGUAAAGUCCUAUCUAAGCAGCCUUCCAGUGUAACUAAAUCGAGAAAAGAAGAAUCAGAGGAGUUUCAGUGUUCUGCUUCUGAUUCUGAUUCCGAUUCUGAGUUGGAUUAUGAAGCCAUGAUGGCCGGUUGUCACCGUAUAGAGCUGUCCCUUGCAGAUUUGGAGCAACUUGCGAAGGAAGCCUCCAUGGUUGAGGAAGAGGAAAAAGGGCAUUGCCAGGCAUCUGAUUCACAAGCUGGAUCCGGACAGGAGACAGAUGUACCAUUUUCCAGUGUGGGGGCCUCAAUGGCUCCACAAGCAAAGAAAGGUAACACACCAGAGGAGAUUUUGGCAGCCAUUUUGGAGGAGGACAGCAGUGAUGAGGAAAAUGAUAAAGGCAGGGGGAAAAAAAAGAAGAGGCGGGAAAAGAUCCAAACCCCAAGUCUCCCUGCUUUCUUGGGGACCAGGGCUCUUUUAGAAACUGCUCCAGGUGCUCAGCUAGGUCUCAGUCAGAAAAGGAACAAAGAUGAGGAAGGCCAAGAGACCACCAUUGCUGAGAAGAAACUGAAAUUGGAACAUACAUCUCAAUCAUCUGAGUCCAGUGCCUCAGAAUGUGAGCGCAAGAUUGAUGAUGGCAAACUCCUUCCAUUUAAGGGUCUUCCCCCUCUCUCACUACCUAGUGACCAGAAGGUAAAGCAGAAAGAUCACAACGAUCCGUUAAUAAAAUCCAGUGAGUCCGAAAGCACAGACUCAAAUUCAGAUUCCAGCUGUUCUGAUAGUGAGGAAGGGGAAAAUCCUGAAGAGCAACCAUCUGCAGCUGCAGGAGAAAUGGACAAAUCUGCUCCGAAACCUGGGAUUUGCUCAACCAGUUUUGAGUCCUCUAGUUCGGUAUCUAGCUCACUUAGUGUAGUGCCAGUGACCGCUGAACAGGUGGGGGCAAAGGGGAAAGCCUCACUGAAAGAUUCGGCAAGCACGCCCACUGAGCAGUUGGAAGAGAACACGCCGUUGUUAGAAAGCAAGAAGCCUUCGCAAAAAAGGGUCAGCACCAAGGACAUCCAGCAGAAACAGAAGCUGGAUAACCAGAAGCGCCUGGCCGCUCUGGAGCAGAAGCAGAAGGAGGCAGAGCUACAGAAGAAGCUUAUUCAAGGUGCCCUCUCAGCAUUGGAUGCACCAACAGCCAAUAAAGGAAAGCAUAUUGUGUUUGACUCUGAUGGCGAGAGUGAGGAGGAAGCUGAACAGAGCUCAGUGGAACCGCAUAAGUGUACUAGUAGUCUGUUUGAGGAGUCUUCUUCAGAGUCUUCCACAGAGGAGCCCAGUGAAUUGGGCCCCAGCACUGGGGAUAAACAAGGCCUCAGGGUAAAGGACUUUGAAAAACAAGUUGGCAGCAAGCUGUUUGAUAGCAGUGAGGAUGAUGAGGAGGCUGACGAGGAAGAAGGUGAUGAUGAAGCACGGUUCCAGAUUAAGCCACAGUUCGAGGGGAAAGCGGGAAAGAAGCUCAUGCAGUUGCAGUCACGAUUCGGAACAGAUGAGCGGUUUCGCAUGGAUUCUCGGUUUCUUGAAAGUGAUGAUGAAUCCAACAUUCCAGAAGAGACAUCCUUUCGUGCCGACGUGGAAGUGCAGCUUGAGGAAGAAAAGAAGAAGAAUCUGGGCAUUUUACAAAGUCUACUGAACAUCCAAGUCCAAAGUGUAGAAACCAGCAAAGAAGCAGCUAAGAGUAAACAAUUCAGAGAUAUUUCCGCCCUGCACUAUGAUCCCACUCGAGAAGAGCAUGCAGCCUUUGAAAAGAAGAGUGAAGAGCCCGAAAAAGAAAGCAAAGCUGCGAGACGCAAAAAACGCGAGGAGACAGAGAAGUUACCAGAAGUUUCCAAGGAGAUCUACUAUGAUGUGGCCAUAGACCUGAAAGAGGCUUUUGGAUCUCAGAAAGAAAGCAUUGAGGUGAAACAGGCUGUAGCCUGGGAUAAGGAGGAGGAGGUGGUGGAGGAGGAGAAAGGGGAGGAGAAGUUGGAGAAGCAAGCCACAGAGGAGAGCACAUCUGUGCAGCUUUCUCUUUUCUCUCCAAACGUGAGCACCGAGAAUGCAGAAUCAACGGGCUUCCAGUUCUCAUUUUUUGGAAAUGAUUCCGCAAAGGAUACUACAGAGAAAGAUGACUACAAGAUAGAGAUACUAAAGGGAGCAAAACUACCGUGGCAGGAGAACCCCUGCUUUCGGGACAGCAGCUCUGAGGAAGAAGAGGAUGAGAUUGAGGAAGGCACUGGAGAUCAGUUUGCUUCCCCCAAUGCUGCAGAGGAACCAGAGGCAGCAAAGAAAAGUUUUUUCUUUUUCUUCCAAGAUGAUGAACGGUUAAAAGAGGGGCCAAAAAUGUUCUGUAGAUCUGCAAAACUGGAGGACCAGAGGGAAAACUGGGAGGAGAAAAGGACCACCUUGAUCGAGGAGUAUAGGAAGAAGCACAAGGAUGCAAGACGGAGACUAAAGGCUUCACAGAAAAGCUGAACAGAAUCAUGCUGAAUGGUGCCAGAUUUUUUUUUGGAGGUUUCACAGUUCCUUGUCACCAUAAUUUGACUGAAUUCAAUUUUGGAACAUUGUUCAAGUCAAAAUCAGCAGGGAAUUUCAGUUGUUUGAUUUUUUGGAUAAUGAUUUAUUUUGGUAUUGUUCUGUCUUUUUUUGGAUAGGCUAUACAUUUUUUGUAUAUAUAUAUAAAAACACUUUGAGCAAUUGCUAUUAUUUUCAUUGCUGAUGACAAAUAAAAUGGAGCUCUUUCUGCUUUGACCACUAGGGUGUGUUAAAAACAGUGUCUGAUGCAAGUCUGAAUGAACUUUGUUCCCAGCUUGA